AUGUCCGCCCCUCAAUUCUGGUCGACUCCCUUCCGCUACAUGCGCUGGGCCUCGCACGAGAAGCCCGCCAUCUUCUACUCCCUCAUCGUCGGCGCCAUGGGGCCCGUCGCAUUGGUGACUCUGCCCCCGAUCAGACGCUACUUUGGUUCCUACGACCCCGAGCCCGUUCGGUUCACAUAUCCCAUUCCCGAAGGCCCCCGAAAAAUCCCCGAAGGCUUCGAUGACGAGUAG